AUGGCGGGAGAUUCGGAAGGAGAUUCGGAGGAGCCCAAGGGAGCGGGAAGCCUGAGUCGCCCUGUGCGGAGCCAGCUGCUCCCUGGGGCCUCGCUGUGCUGGACUCAGGCCACUUUAUUAAGUAGUUUUGUUGCUGUUUGCUUUAGAUUUCAGAAGACACUUGUGGACUCGUCCCCUUCUAAAAUUGUUCUGAGCCGAGGCAAGGACAAUCGCUUUCUGGUUCUAGCCGUCGAUGCUUUGCAGCGCGAAGGAGACCUCGAGAAGCACUUGACCAUCACAGCUUCCCAAUCGCUGCAGAACCGAGAAUUGUGCAUCCUGAGGAACAGCUGGUGCUCUAUGCCAGUGGCGCCAGGGGACGUCAUCCACUUGGAGGGAGGCUGCACCUCGAACACCUGGAUAAUCGACGACGAUGCGGGAUAUCUCAUUCUCUACCCGGACACGUUCAUCUCUGGUACAAGCAUAGCCAGUAGUAUCCGAUGUUUGCGACGGGCUGUCUUGAGUGAGAUCUUCAGGAGCUCCGAUCUGGUCACACGCCAAAUGCUGAUUGGUACGGUUCUCCACGAAGUUUUUCAGAAAGCCAUAUGUGAUACCUUUGCACCGGAAAAGCUCCAAGAACUGGCUUUUCAAACUGUACAAGAAAUUAGACACCUGAAGGAAAUGUACCGCUUACACCUUAAUGAAGAUGCGGUCAAGCAGGAGGUCGAGGAAUACCUUCCUUCGUUCUCCAAGUGGGCAGAGGACUUCAUGCGUAAAGAUUCUGCAGCUGAUUUUCCGCAGAUGAGGCUCUCCCUGCCAAGCGAUGGCAAUAACAAUAAUCCAACAUGUAAUAUUGAAGUGAUAAACUCACUGGAUAUCGAAGAAAGCAUCUGGUCCCCUAGGUUCGGACUGAAGGGCAAAAUAGAUGUUACGGUUGGGGUGAAAAUACACCGAGGAGGCAAAGCGAAAUAUAAGAUAAUGCCCCUGGAGCUGAAAACCGGCAAAGAGUCAAACUCUAUUGAACAUCGGAGUCAGCUUGUCCUGUACACGCUGCUGAGCCAGGAGAGAAGAGCUGACCCAGAGGCCGGCCUGCUCCUCUACCUCAAGACAGGCCAGAUGUACCCCGUGCCCGCCAAGCACUUGGACAAGCGAGAAUUAUUGAAGCUCCGAAACCAGAUAGCUUUCUCUUUGUCCCACCGUGUCAGCAAAUCUGCGGCUGGACCGGAGGAGACAGCGCUUGCCCCUUUGCCGGAAGUAAUCGAGGAGCAGCAGACGUGCAAAUACUGCUCCCAGGCGGGCAACUGUGCCCUCUACAGCAGAGCUAUUGAGCGAUCCAUAGAGACUAUGCCAAUGCCUGCUAACGUGCUGUCCAGAGUGGAGGAAGAAACUCGGCAUCUGAAGCUCUCCCACCUGGAGUAUUUCCGCCGCUGGUGUCUCAUGUUAACCCUGGAGUCACAGUCGAAGGACAGUAACAAGAAUCACCAGAAUAUUUGGCUGACGCCUGCCUCGGUAUCGGAGAAGAGUGGCAGCUGCAUAGGGAACCUGCAGAGGAGGGACCGGGCUAAGGCCGUCGGGGCCGGACAGUAUUUGCAUCAGUUUCGCCGUCGAGACGGCGCAAUGCCCGCCACAAACCUCAUGGCUGGGGACAGAGUCCUCUUAAGCGGCGAAGACAGAACUCUGUUUGCCUUGUCCAAGGGCUAUGUUAAGGAGAUCAGCACCACCUCAGUAACCUGCGUGCUGGACAGAAACUUGUCAGCACUUCCCGAAUCCACUUGGUUCAGAAUGGACCAAGAGGAGAAGAAUUGUGAUAUAUACACACCGUUGGGGAAUCUUUCUAAAUUGAUGGAAAAUACUUCUGUGAGCCAAAAGCUUCGAGAGUUAAUCAUCGACUUUCAGGAGCCCCAGUUUAUAUCCUACCUCAGUUCUGUGCUCCCCCAUGAUGCAAAGGACACGGUUGCCAACAUUCUGAAGGGUCUGAAUAAACCUCAGAGGCAAGCGAUGAAGCGGGUCCUUCUUUCUAAAGACUACACGCUCAUUGUGGGCAUGCCUGGCACUGGAAAGACCACCACCAUCUGUACUCUUGUCAGAAUUCUCUCUGCCUGCGGCUUCAGCGUUCUGCUCACCAGCUACACCCACUCGGCCGUGGACAACAUUCUCCUGAAGUUAGCCAAGUUUAAGAUCGGGUUCUUGCGCCUGGGCCAGGCACAGAAGGUCCACCCCGACAUCCGGAGGUUCACCGAGGAAGAAGUGUGCGGGUCCAAGGGCGUCCGGUCCCUGGCCGAGCUGGAAGAACUCUACGGCAGUCUGCUUAUCGUUGCCACGACGUGUAUGGGAGUGAACCAUCCCAUCUUUUCUCGGAAGACCUUUGAUUUCUGUAUUGUGGAUGAGGCCUCUCAAAUUAGCCAGCCCAUCUGCCUGGGCCCCCUUUUCUUUUCUAAGAGGUUCGUCCUGGUGGGGGACCAUCAGCAGCUCCCUCCCCUCGUGCUAAACCGUGAAGCCAGGGACCUCGGCAUGAGCGAAAGCUUAUUCAAGAGGCUGGAGAAGAACAGAGAGGCCGUGGUCCAGCUGACUGUGCAGUACAGGAUGAACAGUAAAAUCAUGUCCUUGAGUAACCACCUGACCUACGAGGGGAAGCUGGAGUGCGGGUCCGACAGAGUGGCCAACGCGGUGAUCAGCCUUCCUGCCUUGAAAGACGUGAAGCUGGAACUGGAAUUUUACGCCGAUUAUUCCGAAAAUCCUUGGCUGGCCGCAGCGUUUGAGCCAAGCAAUCCUGUUUGUUUUCUUAAUACUGACAAGGUUCCAGCACCAGAACAAGUCGACAAAGGAGGCGUGAGCAAUAGGACAGAAGCCAAACUCAUUGUUUUCCUCACUUCCAUAUUUAUCAAGGCCGGAUGCCACCCCGGCGACAUUGGGAUCAUCGCCCCGUACCGGCAGCAGCUGAAGAUCAUCACCGACUUUCUGUCCCAGAGUUCUCUGGGGAUGGUCGAAGUGAACACGGUGGACAAGUACCAGGGGAGAGACAAGAGCAUCAUCCUGGUGUCUUUUGUCAGGAAUAAUAAGGACGGGACUCUGGGUGAACUCCUGAAGGACUGGCGGCGCCUCAACGUGGCUAUUACCAGGGCCAAGCAUAAGCUGAUCCUCCUGGGGGGCCUGUCUUCGCUCAGCCGCUACCCCCCCUUGAAGAAGCUGCUCCAGCAUCUCCAGUCGGAGAAGCUCGUCAUUGACCUUCCACCAGGAGAGCAAGACAGUCUUUGCCACAUCUUGAGUGAUUCUCAGAGAAGUUAACCUCAUCCUUCCAGCCUCAAGUUUUUCUGCUGACGCGAUCCUUUUUUCCUUCCCUGCUCAUGAUUUGGAUGGCAUAAGACAGUGCCGGAUUAGAC